AUGCCUAAACAGAUAAUCAAAACAUAUAAAAUUCUCAAUGUACCACGCCAAGAUUUUGUUCAUGAAGCAUUAGAUAUCAUUGGUGUACCUCGAGAGAACCGAAUUCCUCUCCUCAGAGUCAACGAGCUAGCCUUCUGUAAGAUAGUUAUUUAUCCUUUUAAUCCAAUGAUUCAUCAGAGCUCGCAAGGUUUCCCACAGAAAAUGAUUCAAGAUUUAUACCACAAGCAUUACAAUCUAGAUGGAAUCAAUGCCACAAGGAACUGUAUCAUAAACAGAAGAGAUACAAGAGUGUGGUUUAAUUCCAAGAAAUUACUUGCUGCUUUGAAAGAGAACUAUCCACAACUAGAAUGGGAAAUUGUUGCUGAUAUCCAUGGAUUAAAAGAAUCAGCAAAAGUUUAUGCUUCAAUUAAGUUUUUGAUGACUCCUUCUGGUUCGAAUCUUUUCCAUUGUUUCUUUAUGCAUAGAGGAGGUGUCAUUCUGACUGUAGAAGGAAAUCAACAUGACUGGUCUUCUGUUUUAUCAAUACUUGCUUGUGGAAUUCAUCAUAUUAUAUUCCAGAGCCCGAAAUUAAAUCAUGUCGCAGAAUUUCCUGGAUUUAAUGUUGAUGUAGGAAAUUUUGUUAAAGCUGCUGGUUUCGCAGUCAAGUACUUAACAAAAGGAGAGUUUCCUAAAGAAGAAUUGGAUUUUUAA